AUGCCUACUGAACAAGCUCGACCGUCGUUCUAUAUACUCCCCCCAGAACGAUAUCUACCAGCAUCGGCCUUAUCAACCUGGCUCGGCCGGAUCGUCAAAUCCUAUUCCGAGCCAGACGCAAAUUUUGUGCCGGAUGAUCCGAAGCCCUUUGUAACACACGAAUUUGCAAGAAGCACCAUCGCCAACGCCAGUCUCGCUGCAUUAUCACAGCGGAACAAGUCGUUCGCUGCUAAGCUCGGGGAAACGGUUGACGUCUCCCGAGAAACCAGUAAUGGCGGGGGUCUUUCUUUCACUAGCUCCGAGGUCGUCUGUGUACGUCUUCAGAAUUACGAUCAAGUUUUUGAUCGGUUGAUACGGCAUGAGGAGACGAGAUCUCAGCUUCAACGGAUGCUAGCUCGCGGUGGCAAUGCUGGUUUCAUGGUUACCGCGGUGCUCAUCUGGCAAGAUGCAACUUUCACACACUCCAGAGAAUGCGGGGUCACAACCUCGGCCGGUGUUUCGGUGCCUGUAUCCACGAUUGUAUCGAGCACUACAGGCGUCAUGCUGCCCUCUGAACUGACUGACCCAGGGGUUUCCGGGUCACAAGGUCACCAAAAUACAGCUGAGUUCUCCGGUGAAAGCGCCGGGAGUAACAUAUUUGCUCUUCAGUACAAGACUGUGCGGAGAUCGGUAGUCCAGUCGUUCUUGGGUAUGAGCAAUGGUAUGAUGUUGAAAGAAAAGGGUCCAGAUUUGCCGGCUUCGCAGUCUUUUGCGAAGAAACAUGGUGGAGAUGACGAAUCUGAGUCGGAGGAGAGCGAUCCCAGUAGCGACGAAGAAAGUGAUCAAGAGGAAGAGAUUGAGAGUGAUGAUAAGUUUGACGGUGGUUAUGAUGCAGUUAAGAACGGCAAGGUCGUCCUAGAGAUGGAUGAAGAUAGCGUUACGUGGGCUGAUGCGCUAGAUGAGGAGGAAGAGGGGCUGGAACGCGUUGAUAUCAGUAUUGAUGGGGAAGAAAUGGAGUUUGUAUUCUAA